GUGACUAUUGUGUUGCACUGUAUUGUAAAUUCGCUGUUUCUGACGGGGAGAGGCAUGCUUGACAGCUAAUUGAAUGACGGCCGCCGGGGGGGGUCCAUCCAUCCAUCCAUCUACUGUAUCCAUUCCCUCCACCCCCCAGCUUCCACCCAAUCCCAGACCCUCACCCUCACCACUCACCACUCACUCACCCACAAAACCCAAUUGGCCAAUCAUAUCCUCUCAAUUGACCAGAGCUCCCCAGUCAUCCCUCUCGUUUGUGUUUUCGUUCCCCGACGCGCCGAUAGCGAACUCUCCUGCCGAACACUCUCACACCUUUGCGCCUCGUUGGUUACGUGUGCCGAGACCGGACCAAGUCACAGUUGUCUCGGGAGAAAGAGAGAAGAAGGAGAGCUAAUAGGGUGAAGAAGAGGAAGCAUUGGCGUCGUGCGUUGGGAAGAGCCGGAAAGAGAGAUAGUCCGAGAAGUGUCUGUUCUUUGGGCC